AUGAGCACCGAAGAAAUCUCUUUAGAAGACUUAUCAGAUUCAGAAAUCGUAGAUGAGGAUUUUACACAUUCUUUUUACUCUCCACCAACUUCAGUUGAUUAUCGCUUCAAAACCCGACUUUGGGUUGAGUUUUCUCCAGAAAAAAUGAGUGAGGAUGCUUUCGUUUCUACACCAUUAACGACAACGUCAUCAAAUCAUCAGAAACACUCUUUCAAAUUUGCAGACACAAAAAAUAGAGGAAGACUUGAUGUAAAUGAAUUUAUCAUUGCAAUGCAUCUAAUAAAACAGUAUAUGUCCAAAAAUAUCAAAGAAAUACCACAAACUCUUCCAAGUGGAUUUUAUGAAAUGGCUGCCGGCGUUAAUCUUGAUGUACUUGCAUCAUCAACAUCACCAUCACUUUUUUCUGGAAAUUCAUUAACUUCUUCUUUAAAUCCAGAUGGAUUUAAUACAAAAUCUCCAUUUAUAGAACAUCCAUGGGAUGUGACACUCGAAGAAAAAACAAAAUAUGAUAAAAUUUUUGAUUCUAUUGAUCAAAUGAAACAUGGAUUUUUAACAGAUAAAACUGGACGUCUUAAUCACGAGAAAUUUGCUGUUGCUAUGCAUUUGAUCCAAAAAAAGGCUAAAGGAUUUCCAUUACCAAACAUUUUGCCAACAAGUCUUACUCCACCAUCAAUGCGUCAUACUACUGCUGAUGAAGAGAAAAAAGGUUAUAUUGAUGGAACACAUGCUGCGAAUUUUUUGAAAAAAUCAAAUUUAUCUUCGGCUGCUUUGAGUAAAAUAUGGAAUUUAGCUGAUUAUGAGAAUCAAGGCGUUUUAACAACACAAACUUUUAUUAUUGUUGUUAAAUUAAUUGCUUUGGUUCAAAAUGGUCAAAAUCCUGAUAUGGCUCUGUUAAAAGCUAAGGUACCAUUACCACGUUUUGAGGAUAUUAACAUAGAAACAGCCUAUAUUAUUACUGAUGAUAAUCGUGAAAGUUACAAAAAAACAUUCUUAAUAUUGAAGCAUGAAGAUGACCUUGUGGAUGGUGACAAGGCAAGAGAAAUUUUUUUGCAAUCUAAAUUAUCAUCAGAAACACUCUUUCAAAUUUGGAAACUAGCAGACACAAAAAAUAGAGGAAGACUUGAUGUAAAUGAAUUUAUCAUUGCAAUGCAUCUAAUAAAACAGUAUAUGUCCAAAAAUAUCAAAGAAAUACCACAAACUCUUCCAAGUGGAUUUUAUGAAAUGGCUGCCGGCGUUAAUCUUGAUGUACUUGCAUCAUCAACAUCACCAUCACUUUUUUCUGGAAAUUCAUUAACUUCUUCUUUAAAUCCAGAUGGAUUUAAUACAAAAUCUCCAUUUAUAGAACAUCCAUGGGAUGUGACACUCGAAGAAAAAACAAAAUAUGAUAAAAUUUUUGAUUCUAUUGAUCAAAUGAAACAUGGAUUUUUAACAGGUGACGAGGCAGCAAAAAUUUUUGUGAAAUCAAAUUUGGAUCAAAACACAUUGGCAAUGAUAUGGAACCUUUCUGACAUAGAUAAAACUGGACGUCUUAAUCACGAGAAAUUUGCUGUUGCUAUGCAUUUGAUCCAAAAAAAGGCUAAAGGAUUUCCAUUACCAAACAUUUUGCCAACAAGUCUUACUCCACCAUCAAUGCGUCAUACUACUGAGGGAUCUUCAACUCUUGGUCAUAUUUCAAAAAAAGAUAUUGGAUCAACUUCUUCAUCGAUCUCACGUUAUUCAACAGAAGACUUCUUUGGUUUAAAUGAUCCUACAGACUCGCAAAAUAAUUUUAUUUCAGAUAGUCGUGUUAUUAAAGAACCACAAAUGAUUGAUUUUUUUGGCGACUCUGAUUUACAUACUAAAAUUGCAAGUGAAAGUAGUGAAAUAAAAAGUUAUGGAACCCAAAUUAAUAUUCUUGGCAAUUCAAGUGAUGAACUAGAAAACAAAAAAGCCAGUUUAAAUUCAACUCUUGCUGAUUUAGUAAUACAAAAACAAGAAAUAAAAGAUCUUUUCUUACAAACACGCUCUUUGUAUGAAGCUGAAUUUAAGGCAGUAGAAGAAAUUCAAAUCCAAUAUCAAUUGGAAAAUGAAAAUUUUGAGAGAGUUAAAGAAGAGCAUGCACAAGCUAAAAGAGCUUUAGCUGCUAUAAGAUUGCAAAAGGAACAAUUAGAAGAAAAUAUUCAAAAAGAUAAAGAUGAAAUAAAUGAAUUGAGAAAGGAAUUGAGAAUAAUCGAAGAAGAAACAGUAUCAAUUAACGCCAAAGUUAAAGACUUUCAAAAAGACAGUGCACAACAAAAAGGUUUACUUAUGAUUAAUAAAAAACAAUUGGAAACCUCCAAAGCUGAAAGAGAAAAGUCAUUGGAGGUCUUAAAAACUUUUGAAAAAAGUAACAAUCUACCUGAUAUAAACAAGGAUGCUUUCGUUUCUACACCAUUAACGACAACGUCAUCAAAUCAUAAUUCCUUUAAUGUUUCUCAAUCAAUGUUUAAUGAACCAGGAAAAAGUUCAGCUGAUUUUUUUAAUGGGCAAGGCGAAAAUAAACUCCAACCAACUCACAUUAAAAAUAGCACAACUUCGACCAUCGAUCCAUUUGAUUUUGACAAUUUUAAAAAUGCAACAUCAGACAAAUCAGGUCUUGAUUCUGCGUUCGCAACGCUUGAAGUUACAAAUAAGAAUAAUGGUGAUGAUUCAUUCUUAACUGACACCUUUAAUUCCGAGAAAUUUCCUUCUUUAGAGGAACUUGAAGGUUUAACACCUGGUAAUAAUUUUAAUUUUGAAAAAGAAAACAAGACAAAUCAUUUUGACACAACCAAGCCAGAUGAAAAGAUUACUUCUCCAUAUAUGAAUGAAGAUAAAGUCGAAAAUACACUUAAAAACAAGCCAAUUGAUUUAUUAAAAGGAUUGAUGAAACCUUCGACUAAUACCAAAGAUGCUCCUUCAAAGAAUAUUAAUAAACCAAUAAAUACGAAUAAUGCAAUUUUUGAUUCUGCAUUCGGAAGUACUUUUGAAAAUGCAUUUUUUCAAGGAAAUUUCAAAUCUCCUAUACCUACUGCCACCACCAUUAAUAAUGAUAAUGACGAUGAUAUAGAUUAUGUAAAAACUUUAAAAGAGAUGGGUUUUCCAAGAGAAAAUGCUAUAAAAGCACUUGAAGAUAAUGAUUAUGACUUGAACAAAGCAAUAUUUGCUUUAUCUAACGUUUAA